AUGCCUGCAGAUGUUCACGCCCAGAAUGCCUGCAUCGACAGUCUUGACGGACCGUGUCUUGCGAAAAUGAGAUCCCUCUACACCAAUACCUCAGCCUUCUGGUUUGGGACGAGGUACGCGACUGACUGCCCACCUGGCAAAGUGAGCCCCUUGUGUAGAAACACCACACCAUCCCUAAAAUCCCUCCUCUCUCGAAUUAUGGGGGAGGGUGCCACCGAUUCCAGCGGUCUUGGAUUCGUCCCCAACGUCACUUACCAUAUUACUCUUCCAACUGAUGGAUCUGACCGGAAAUACAACGGCUGUGGGAGGAUAGUACAAGUGCCCUUGACUAGACCACAAGAUUUCGUCAUUGACCCUCUGGCAAAUUCCAUCUAUCCCCCUUAUGACCUCCGUGAGGAGCCGGAAGUGACGUGGCCAGCGGAGGAGAACGCCCUCUACACCGUCAUGAUGUUUGACCCCAACCCCUUCUACAUGCAUGCGUUAUACGUCAACGUCCCCGGCGGCAGAUUACAGAAUGGAGACACUAUACUUCCUUACUCUGGGCCUGGAAACCCCUUGGACCGGAACAACCCCUAUGUUUGGCUCGUGUUUAAGCAAAAGAGAUCACUGGACCCCUCACAGGUUCCUAACAGCCGACGCCCAGUCCACGUGCAGGAUCUUGUGUCGCAGCUGGCACUCUCAACCCGAUCCUAUGGCAUCAGCGUGAUUCUGACUUCAACAGAUGAGUACACCGCGGCCUUCAUCCGGUCUGUUAAUUUUCUGAACAGAUGUCCAGUCUAUUAUGGGCAGUGGUUCAGCAGCUACAUUCAGAAAAAAAGUGGGCUCCCGUCACUUCCGGAACGUCUUGAUCUCAGUGUAUCCGUUGACGUCACCUUCACGGCCCCCUCUAUAACGUACAAAUCGUGCGGAAUGCUGUAUGACAGAAGCCCAGUAAACGUCACUGUAGAUUAUCGGAACAUGGAUCUCUUGCGCUCUGUGGAGACUCGGAUAUCCCCACAAGUCAAAUUUGUCCCACUGGAUAUCGGAGAUAAAUUUCCCUCAGACAAGCAGUACACCCUGAUGAUGCUCGACCUGACCCCUGAACUGGGAAAGACCAAUCAAAACUCCAUUAUCCAUUGGAUGGUCGUCAACAUCCCGGGUGCUGACAUCACUUCCGGUGACGAGGUAUAUGACUGGCAAAUGCCCAUGGCAUCAUCGUUGAAUCACCUCUACCUGUUUGCUUUCUUCGAGCAGGAGGAACAUAUCAGCAACGCAUCGGCCAGGACUUACAUCGGAUCCAACUGUCCUUCUUUCAUCGAAUCCCGGUGCAGCUUUCGAGCUGGCGACUUCAUCCGUGACAACAACCUCACCCUCCUGGGUCUACGACAUCUCAGAGUCAUGCCCGACACCUACCAACAGUACAUGUCGUACGCCGUGGCAAAGAUCAGCACCAUGGAAGAGGCCUGUUGGGGACGCACUGAGACCGCUGAAAAGUGCCCCACAGCAUGAAAUUGUUAUAUCACAAUACCAGUUAGUUAAUCGAGGACCUGUGUAAAGCUCUGUAUUUAAUAAACGAAGUUCACUCGUU